GCAGGGAGAGGAGGUUCGGGUUUGCCACGUCGGUCUCUGUGCAACGCAUUUACACUGUUGCUCUUCCAGCCCAGGGCUAACUUUUUGGAGACGUUUCGUGCUUUCACCCCGAGACAAAGCGACCCCCCGGCGUUGCCGGUCGUCGCUACAUCAGUGCAGUCCGGGAAAUUGAAGCUGAAAGGCGGAGAAAUGCUCGGUGCUGCCCCGGACUCGCCACACAACUGACUGAUGCAUCCUUGUUCAGCUCAACCCGCCGCAUGUUGUCGAUGUUUUUGGCCUGUCAGUGCAUGGUGGCUCAUUAAAGAAGGGGGGAGUCCCAGUGGCUUUUGGUUGGUGGGCGCUGCCCGUGGUUGCCACGGUAAUAGGCGACCAUGCCAGGAGGUCGCAGGGGUCCAAGCAGACAGCAGCUAAGUCGCUCCGCUCUGCCGUCCCUGCAGACUCUGGCUGGAGGAAACCUCGGGAAUGGUACAGGCCUCAGGAACCGGAGCAGUAACUCGUUGGGUCUAUCUGCUCCGCCCAUCUCAGCUCUCAUUACUCCGGAGCCAGUCCGUCACUCAAGGAUCCCCGAGUUGCCACUGGACAGCAGCCUGCUGUUUGAGUUCCUGCUUUUUCUCUAUUUGCUGGUGGCCUUGUUUGUCCAAUACAUAAACAUCUACAGGACAGUCUGGUGGUAUCCAUACAGCCACCCUGCUGCUUCUACCUCGCUCAACUUUCAUCUAAUGGACUACCACCUGGCUAUCUUCAUCACAGUAAUGUUGGCCAGGAGGCUUGUUUGGACAAUUGUUUCAGAGGUUUCUCAGAGGAGCGGAGGAUCUCUGCUCCGCUACGUGCUCCUAAUUGCGGCUCGGCUCAGCCUGCUGACCCUGUGCGGCUGGGUGCUGUGCUGGACGCUGGUCAACCUCUGCAAGAACCACUCUGUGCUCAACCUCCUCUUCCUGGGAUAUCCAUUCGGUGUGUACGUCCCACUCUGCUGUUUCCAUCAGGAGGGAGGGAAAAGCCAAACAGCACCAGCUGACUGCGAUUACACAGCUGACCACCAGCAGACAGACCUCACAGAAUCCCCAUUCUUCCGACCACGGGACUUCCUCUUCCUGUUACGGGAGAAUCUCAAAGAGCAGUUUUCCAGCACCCCACACAUGCCCACGCACACGUGCCCGCCACCCACACACACUCACACACCAGAGCUGAUUCGAGCAGAGGUGGAGGAACUGAAAAGCGACUUCAACCGGCGAAUCAAGGAAGUGCUUUUCAACUCGCUCUUCAGUGCAUACUACGUAGCCUUUCUGCCCCUCUGCUUUGUUAAGAGCACCCAGUACUACGACAUGCGCUGGUCAUGUGAGCAUCUCAUCAUGGUGUGGAUCAACGCAUUUGUGAUGCUGAUGAGCCAGCUGCUGCCUCCCAGUUACUGCGACUUGCUUCACCGCUCGGCGGCUCACCUCGGCCGCUGGCAGAAACUGGAGCAUGGGUCAUACAGUAACGCACCUCAGCACGUGUGGUCAGAAAGUACCAUUUGGCCUCAGGGGGUGUUAGUGCGACAUAGUCGAUGUCUGUAUAAGGCGGUCGGUCCCUAUAAUGUGGCUCUGCCCUCUGAUGUUUCCCAUGCAAGGUUUUAUUUCCUGUUCCACAAGCCGUUGCGGAUUUUAAACCUGCUGAUCUGGAUCGAGUCCAGCGUGGUUUUGUACCAGUUAUACUCUCUGUUGCGCUCUGAACGCUGGAACCACACAUUAUCUCUGGGCCUUAUUCUUUUCUGCAACUACUACGUCCUCUUUAAAUUACUCCGAGACCGCAUUGUGCUGGGCAAAGCCUAUUCCUAUCCUGUGUCCUCCAACAGUUUGGGGCUCAAGUCGCAGUAAAGACUCUGCACGGCGGGACCUCUCCUACAAACUCUGGCUGAGGAGGCGCGAUGGAUGGAGGCCUGAUAAAGUGGAAGGCACUUGGAGAUUAAGGGACAGACUGUGAACUCAUAAUUGUGUUUUGAUACGGUUCAAUUUUUAAUGCAGUGUUUAUAUAUAUAUAGAUAUAUAUAUAGACCUAUUUAAAAGAAUAUUUUUUAUUUUGUAUACUAUUUCGAGUUACACCGGGCAUUACCACACUCAUGUCAUUAGCAUGUUGUGUUAUGUUGUUGCUAGGCGACAGGGAAGUCAGGGAAUGCCAGGAAGUGACUUUCACCAAAGAUAUUUUAAGUGCAGGUGGCCAAUAAUGGAGCAGGCUUUGCCUCUGAUAGUCAGCUAAAGCAGAUGAGCAGAGGAAGGUUUCAUGCUCGGGUCUUGAUUGUCUUUUAUUCUGCUUCAGUCUUAAAUCUGGAUCCAGUUGCUGUUUCGGGGGGUAGCAUGAUUUCCUUUUUUCAGUAUUGAUGCACGUCUUUGUCUCUAAAAGGAAUAGCUCGCAAUUGUGGGAAAUGUGCCUAUUGUCUUUUGAUCAAAGUUACACAAGAGGAUUCGUACCACUCAUCUCGACAGUAGCAGAAACAAAGGAAAAUCACUCGUCUGGCAAAUUUUGACCAUCCCUUCUCCUACUGGGGUGUCGGAUACUGCUGUUCUGUCUCAAGUCAGAGAGAUGCACAAAUUGUCAGAAAUUUGUGAACUAUUAGACAGUGGUUUGUGUUGUCUUCCACCACCACCCCCUCCCCUCCUGUGUUUUCGCGUACUUGGUGAUUGGCUACAUUUCCAGCAAGGAUCAGAACUUGGAUUAAAAUGUCCUUUUGCAAAGUAAACUCUAAGAAAAUAACACUUAACAGUACCCAGCAUGUUUCCAUUUGAAUGCCAAGGUCUCCUGUACAGGUGUCCAUAUGUGUUAUAUCACUAUUGCUGCUUCUGUAGUGACACUGAAGGACACCUUUUUGUUUUUAUCUCUGACACGGCUUUGACAAAACAGCAGGAUCUGAUUCCCUGUGAGUGAAAUUUUUUUAAAAUAUAUUUAUUUAAAUGAAAUAAAAACCAAAGGGUUAAAAAAACAGUCCAGUCAGAACACAUAACCCAACAUUAAACAUCACUAUUGCCAUUUCUUCUGUUUAAUUUUUGUGCAGAUUAAACUAAUAAGGUAAACCAUGUUCAUGUUAAUGAGCUUCAGGUGACCUCGUAGGUAAAUUUUAUUACUUUUGGUUCACACAAAUUUGACCGUUCUUUAAAACGUCUGUAGCGUCAGUCUUACUUUAGAGGCAGGAGUGUGAUAUGAAUCUUAUUUUCUUAACUGUAAAACUUUAAAGGAUGAGAACAUUUCCCCAAAUCUAUAAGUAUUCCUUUAAGCAAAGCUCCUGUGUAUCUUUAACACCAAGUCCAAUAAAAUGUUCACGCAAACUGACUUGAGAGCAGUCUGGAAGAACAAGAGUUGGUACGCCAAUCCGCUGUCUCUGCGUAGAAUAACUACACGGUAUCUGCUUGCUUCGUAUCAUUGGCUAUCUGGAGGGGAAAUUACAGCGUCAGUCUUGCAACAGCUUUGCGAGUGUCAGACAGAAGACUUAGUCGAAAUCCUUUGUCUGGCAUCCUUAAACUCACUGCGCACUCAUAAAAGUCAAAGCACAGCUCCGCCCUGUCCUGCUUGUACGUACUUAGUCAGAAAGGCUGCUGCUGUGAGAAGACACCUGACCACACGUUCACACGCUGAAAUCUGGCUGCAAUACAGCAUAUUACUCAUUUAUGCUCUUAACAUUCAUCCAGUCACUGUUUAUUUCAUUCCUGAAUGUUUAAACUAUGAUGGGAUUUAGGACUCCAUCACAUCAGGGCUAUCUUUUGUGGACUGGAUAUGGAUAGUGGAAUGAAUGUUUUCUGUUGGUACAUCGUUCAUCCUCACCGUUCACCCACUUUAAAUAUGUUGCUGGCAUCAUGGUGUCAUUUGGAUUUGAAUGCAGAGGAUGCUCUAUAGUGACAUUUCUGUGGGUUAUGAAUGCAGAAAUCACAGGGUGAGCAAAGACUGCCGCUUCAGUACCAGUUCGUGUAUUCUCAGUUACCGAAACGGUGUUACAAACAGGUUGCCUUUCAUGUUGUUGCCUUGCUGCGUAGCCACACUUUGCGAUCAUCGCCUCACCCGUCAGUAGUUUUGCCUUUAUGGGCCGCCUCCUUUCCAACACCGACGCCAGUCUGCAGCCACUGCAUAACUUCAGGCAGUAUUAAGGAUUAGUUUGACUAAAAACAAUAAGAUUUCCUGUGCUGCAGGGAGGUUUUUCUUCACAUUGCUACCAUCUACUUUCAGAUUGAGUGGCUAAAGAGUUGAGGAAACUACUUUGACAUGAAUACACAGGUCUGGCAAAUCCUCUUAACUCAGAUGCCACACAUGUUCUAGUUUGUCUGCAAACGUGCCCCCUUAACUCAGCUUUUUUUUUUUGGUGCUUAUACUUUGUGGUCAUUUUGUACUUGAAUGUAGCAAGUGUUGCAGCUGAAUCGUGCUGUUGAUGUGAACUGGUAUGUUUUUUGUUUUUUUUUGCUGUUGCCUUCAAUUGAACGCCAUCACUGAAACACGGGUUUCGAGUGGUUAUGUCAUCUUUAAUUUGCCCACAGUAAUUCAGAAAUUAUACAGUUUAAGUCUGUAACUCCUGCUUCUGUGGAGAGUCUCCUUUGAAUAACAGCUGGAGAAAUGAGAUUUGAAUAGAUUUUAAAUUUAUCACCUCUUGAUCUUUGUCGAGGCUAAAUGAAAACUAAACAGAUGAUCCAAGCAAAAGUUAGACUUGUGGCUCAUUUACUUAAAAUACAUUUCCCAUUCAGACUCCUGGUUGAACCUGUUUUUGAGUGUGUCGGUGCUGGAGAAGUCAAAGGAGCUGGUCCUCAUAUUUCGGCUUUUUACAGUGUUCAGUUCCCCCGCAGAAUUUCUGAAAAAAAAUUUUUUUUUUUUUUUUUUUGGACCUCUGAAAUA